AAACUGACUACUGGAUAUGUAGAUACACUUGUUCUACAAUUCUGUGAAAUGAAAGUUAGUAUAUGCAUAUGAAUUGAUGGCGGAUGAUUGUUGUGAGAUUAACAUAUAAAUAUGUGACAUACAACACACACCUUUAAUACUUUGUUUUUUCUUUUAGAAAUUUCUCCAAAACAAUCAAUCUUUUUCAACAUGGUCUUCUUUGCGUUUUCCUUGGUUACGUUCGGUGGUUUUUGACUUUCAACCUAAGGUAAUCAAGCGAUCGGAACGUGCUUACAUAAUUGAUAAAAUACUUCAAAUGUCGCCUUGUCUUUUACAACUCACUGUAGAAUGGGAAGAUUUAUCUCUUUACUCACAUUCCAAUACAAAUGUGAAACAUUUACGUCUUGAAUUAAACAAAAGUAGUAAAGAUCCAAAUACAUACAUUCAUAUUGACUUUCUCGUUCAAUUAUUACCUGGUAUAUGUUGUUUCGAAACUAGUGGACGUUAUUUAUACUUCAAUGAAAAUCUCGUCCGAUUUGUGAUAAAGAUUAUCGAGACAAUGGAUCGACUUGUUCAAUUGAUUAUCAAUAAAUAUAGUUUACUACGACGUGACCCAAAAGUUGAAGCAUCAAUUGAAGAAGCAAUAUUCAACGCUGCUAAUGAACAACUACCAAAUUCUAUGAUAUGUCAAAUACGUUUUUCAAGUUGCACCGAACGUCGAAUUUGGUUAUCGUAG